CGUGGCGCGCUCACGAGCCGUGCGCUCCUCUUUUCGUUUUCCCGUCGUACAUCCUCGGCUCACGGCUCUUUUUCUCAGCGAACGCGGGAAAACAUCAUCGGCGUGUAUCGGUCGCUAAGUAUACGCGCGAAUCUCCGCCGGCCGGUAACGCGCGUGAGGUAAACUCUAACGGGAGGAGAUCGAGUCAGGCCGGAAUCAACGACGGUAGCCACGACGUUGAGCAACGACAGGACGACCGACAACAACGCAAUAUCGAGUGACAUCACCGCGUCCGACAGUGACGCUUCAACCUCGGCGAAAACGCGGACGACAGCAGCAGCAGCAGCUCUUCUCGUUAUCACUGCCAUUGUCACUGCCAUUGCACGAUGUCGAAUGAGGAAGAGAGCACUAUACCGAACGUGAUAUACGACGCGAACACCGGCAAGAGUUAUAUGAAGGGCCGGUUCUUCGGGAAGGGUGGCUUUGCAAAAUGUUACGAGAUCACAGAGUCAAAGUCACAUCAAGUAUUCGCCGGGAAAAUCGUGCCAAAGUCACUAAUGGCAAAAAGCAAUCAAAGAGAGAAAAUGACACAAGAGAUUGCGAUUCAUCAAAGCCUGAGUCAUAGACACAUUGUUGGCUUUCACGGUUUCUUUGACGAUAGCAAUAAUAUUUAUAUCAUCCUAGAACUGUGUCGCAAGAGGUCGAUGAUGGAGCUGCACAAGCGCAGGAAAGCGUUAUCGGAAUGCGAGACACGAUAUUUCAUGAAGCAAAUCUUGGAUGGAGUUUUUUAUCUGCAUCAGCACAGAAUAAUUCACAGGGAUUUGAAGUUAGGUAAUCUGUUUUUGAACGACGAUUUGCAAGUCAAGAUUGGUGAUUUUGGAUUGGCGACCAGAUUGGAGCACGAUGGUGAACGAAAAAAAACUGUAUGUGGUACUCCAAAUUACAUUGCGCCGGAAGUGCUUACAAAAAUCGGGCACUCUUACGAGGCUGAUAUAUGGAGUAUUGGUUGCAUAAUGUAUACUUUGCUUGUGGGUAAACCACCUUUUGAAACAUCUAGUCUUAAGGAGACAUAUUCCAGAAUCAAGCAAGUGCAGUAUAAGACGCCGCAACACAUUAGCAAACCUGCCAUGAAUAUGGUGGCGAAUAUGUUGCAACUAAAUCCUUCAAAACGUCCGUCCGUUGCUAAACUAAUGAAAGAUAUCUUCUUUACUUCGGGAUACUUGCCGACGAGUCUGCCGCUCUCAUGCCUGUCAACGGCACCACGUCUAGAUAUGCUUGAAUCACAUUGUAAUCGCAAACCGCUUGGCGAGAUGAAUCUUAACGGCUAUUCAGAGCAAGAUAUUCUAGCCUCUCGAGUGCCGAAUAGUCCAUUGCGAAAGGUGAAACCUAACAACGAAAUCGCCGAACCGCAGAGAGUCAGCCUCGAUAUCAGAAAGAUGCUUCACACACUGAAAGAACAGAUAGCUAUGGUAUUGAAAACUAAGCCUGCUAGAGAGACAGCUUCCUCAGCAGAUGAAUUGACUGACCCGGCCGCGCAACCUGUGAUUUGGAUCAGCAAAUGGGUGGACUACUCUGAUAAGUACGGUUUUGGAUACCAAUUGUCUGACGACAGCGUUGGCGUAAUGUACAACGAUGGCACACGAUUGAUCAUGAUGGCGAAUGGCUACAAUAUUCACUAUAUCAAUCGCGAGGGCGAUGAGUUGUACUACACGGUCAAGGAGUAUCCGACUAAUCUCGAAAAGAAAAUGAAAUUGAUGAACUUCUUUUUGAAAUACAUGAACGAGCAUCUGAUGAAGGCGGGUGGCUCUAUCGCAGUGAAACAAAGUGACUCUCUUUCCAGAAUACCAUAUAUACAUCAAUGGUUCAGGACCCAGACAGCCGUGGUGAUGCAACUGACCAAUGGCACAGUACAAAUCAACUUUUUGGACCAUGCAAAGAUUAUCAUGUGUCCAUUGAUGACAGCAGUCACCUACAUCGAUCACGACAAGAACUUCAAGACUUACAGAUUCCAGACCAUUCAGGAAAAUGGUUGCUGUAAAGGAUUGGCGGACAAUCUGAUGUACGCGUACGAGAAGAUCAGGCUGAUGCUAACAAAUUCUCAAACUCGAUAAAAUCACUUGGGCCAACAAAAAAUGAAAGAGAAGAAAAAGUGCACCUCUCUUGGCACUAUAAAUUAACUUUGGAGGAAUGCGACUUAUGUAUUUAUUUGCUAAUAGCGUUAUUUUGUAGCGAGAGAGAGAGAGAGAGAAAAACGGACGAAUGAAAAUCGCGAUCAUGCAUGAUUUUUCUUCUUCCUUCGUCUAAUUUUUAUACAGGCAUAUAGAAUUUUGCUAGGUGAUCUUUUUUUCUUUCUUUUUUUUAUUAUUUACGAAAGAAGAGAGAAGAACCAAAUCCGCUAACGAAGGCGAAACAUUUCAAUAGAAAGUAUUUCAUCAUUAUUAAGUGUGCCGUAUACAUUACUUGAAAUUAAUUGGUUGGAUGUCAUCUGUCAUCUAUUUCAACAGAUAUCACUAAAAUCUUAAUUUUUUUCUAAAAUUUUAGUUAAUUUCGAUUAAUGUUUAGAAUCCCAAAGUAAAAUUUACUUAUUUAUAUUCACCUAAUUUCCUUCGCCUUCCAAUUCGUUUCAAGAGAUCUCGCGAGAAACUCAUCUUCGCUGAUUCGCAACGACCGCCUAAUAAGUUUUGCUCUGAGUUUGCAAGUGAAUCAGAUUUGAUCCAGAAGUCCUGCGUUGUAAAGGAAAGAAAAAAAGAAUGGGACGGAGUACGAAGAUAAUCGUGAUUCAACUGAGGGUGCAAUCUAACGUCUGAUUUCGUCGUAGCUGAGAUGAGAGACAUGUAAAAACUAGUCCUCUGACUGAUGCAGUGUUCAUUCCUUGCUUCUGAAGAUUUGCCGAAGCUGAGAGCUUGCUCGCUCGCCCGGACCCGUUUGAAGCAGUGCGACUUGGACCACGAGCAAUUGUUAAUCUCUAAAUGAUAAUUGUAAAAUUCUACAAAUCAAUAGCGUACGGAUUUAAACGCAUUUAUCGAAGAAAAUGUUCAAGGUGAGAAACAAAUUUUGUAACUCUUAAGAUGUAAUUGUUUCAGUUGUGAGUAAUCGAAAGUAUAUUAAACAUUUCAAGGAAUAUAGAAAUAAAUAACAAAAGUUUCAAUUAUUACGAUUAAAUUACACAUAUCAUGAUUAUUUUCUUUGGCUUUCUCACCAUUUCAUUUUCAGACUUUUUGCGCAUCCGAUAAAACUUCUUCUCACAUUUAUUUUUCUUGUACAAGACAAAAUUCUGUAUUUUGGAAUUACAUCUUGCAAUCUGUAUUUUUUUUUUAACAACGAUAUCUAGCUUAAAUUAAGAAUAGAGUAUUAAAAUUUUUUUUUUUUAGAAAUUAUUUUCUUACGAUUGCGAGAAUUAAAUAGUGAUUGUUUCUGUCAACUUAUAGAAACUUUUAAAGAUCGAUAUCGUACUGUAAAUCGCGAUUAAUUCGGAAAUUCUAUAGAAAAACGAAAAAGAAACAUGAAAAUAAAAUGGAUCGAUUGACUGUUUCUACAAUAAAAAUUUAGCGAGUGAUUUGUGAUUUCUCGCAUUGCUUCGAUCGGUUAGAUAACGUUUGAAAGAAUACGGAGUCAAUUGUAUCUAGCUACUUUGUAUAUGAAGACUAUUCUGCAUAAUAGAGAGACGACUAUACAAAGUGUAUAUUUUUUAGAGAUCUAAACUGACCAGUGUAAAUGCGCGCGUAUGUACGCAUGUUUGUACUAUAAGAUUCUCUUAUGUAAUAUUAGAUUGUUAAAUAAUAAAUAAUAAUCGAUUUUUAUAGGAUUAUUGUAACGUCGAACCGUUACGAGAGUUCUCGUAUUUUUUUCUCGGCAACGUACGAUCCUUGAGUUUGUUUAAAAAUUAUGAUAAUUAAACGACGGAUUUUUUGACGAUUAGAAAUUGAAAAAUCUGGAUGAAGGAGACUCCAGAACGAUGGAGAAUCUCGAAGAAACGGAAAUCAAAAUACUUGUGAGUCUUGCGGUUCAAAAAAUUGUAUUUCCGAGUCUUUAAAUGACGGCUCACAGAUCUCUAAGAUGAUCCGGCAAGCCAUAUUGAUAGUUCAAUAGAGAAAAGCUCGAAGGAUCGUUGAAAGCGAGGUCGUAGCUGAUCUCGUGUCGAAAAAGUAAAACGAAACUUUUCGUAAGGAUUUGAUGUAAUUCUUAUAAAGAGACUGGACGACAAGGAGAGUAUAUAGAGUUAUCUGCGCGUAAUGAAAUUGAUCCAAGUAAUAAAACAAGAGCGACAAUAAAUAUGUAAUCAUUAAGUGCCACUCGAAAGAAAUAAUGUUAGCUUAACGAAUGGCAUUACGUUAAGUUUAGGUAUAUAAAUGCGUCAUACAGGGCGAGGAACAAUUUAUAAACAAUUAGGUAAUAUGUUGACAAAUUAGAAUUAAAAGAAGUGUACAUAAAAAAAAGAGUAGAUAAAAUGCCAGGGUGAACGAUACGCUCACAGGGAAAAUAGUUUACAUUUAGACAAAAAUUGUUAGGAUAAUAUUUUUACGAUGCCUCAAUAUACUUAUAACUGUUUUGAAAAGAGUACGGUAUAGAAAUAAACUGUUUUUUCUUUUUUAAA